UGGAUCAAAAAGCUCGGCGAAUCGGAUUGUACGAUGUUGGCGUUCGAUUCGCUGUUUGCGCCGAAGAUGUCACCAAAAUUGUCGUUGGAUUUUUUGAUCGAAACGAAACGUGAAGAAAUGGCCUAUGGUUCGUUGAUUAUGCCCGAAGAGCGUCGAGUGAUUUGUGCAAACGAGACGUCUGUGAGGAAAUUCAUUGAGAUAUUGUUGCGUAGAAUGAGCAACAUUCGAACACGAGAAAGUGAACGUAUGCAGCUUGGGGUGUUCAUUCAACUGUUCGCAUUUUUGGAUCCGCUUUUUGCAAUGGAAUUGGCGAAGAUAGAAAAGGCGACGGGUCGUGCUUUGACAUUCUUAAGUGCAGAAUCGGUACAGUUUCCACCCGUAGACCCACUGCCGGAUCAGUCUGUUUUCAAAGAUAUUCUGAGUGGUGGUCCAGCGUAUUGGAGAUUGUUGCUCAGUUACGAUGUGAAUGAAAUUAAACCGUUAUUCGCACANUAUUGGUAUCAACCGUCGAAAAUGAUCGGUGAAGUGUUGCUUCCAGCAAUUGCCGGUCAACAAUGUUAUGAGUACAUUGCGAUGUUGUUGGGCAAAUUGGAAGCUUUAGCGAAAAUUGGCUUUGUGGACGCAACGCAAUGGACUGAAUUUGGAAAUGACUGUGUGAAGGAACUGGGUGCUAUUGGACGGAAUCAAGACGUUCAGAUGAGAUUCACGUACGAUGCGGUUCGUGUGAAGUUAGACAAAUGGAUUCGAAAUUUUCCGAGUGCACCAUCCGAGGCGGGUGCGUUCUUGAAUGCCACCAAGAAUCUGCAGAACAUCGUGCAAGGUCUUGUACAAACCUCAGCCACAAUGCCAUCGAGUUCACUGGAAACAGUGAUCUCGAUGUUGCUUCAAAUAGUCGCCUUCUUGAUCAAUACGGCCGAAUGGGAUUUUAUUCUGAAGUCUUCACCGAAAUUGAAAAGCCCUUUCCUGGAUAUUGCCAAAGUCCUCGCAGCGUACAUGACCGGUGAUCCAGUAAUGCGCAAGAAAGUUGCUGACGAAGCGUGGUGGAAGAUAAUGCAUGUGACAUUCGAGGAUCCAUCUGGUUUCAGUAAGAGGCGGAAUGACGGGUCGUCGGUGCGUGAUCGAACAAAUUUGUUAAUCUCACGUCCUCAGUUUCUGCAAUUACUUCGGGUUAUUAAAGAGCCGUGUACCAUAUCGUUUUUGUUGUGCUUCAUCGGGAAAUUAUUCAAUCAUGCAGUGGUGACGCAGUCGUCGGGAACUACCGAAAAGAGUGCGAGAAUCUUUGUGCAACGUUCUGAUUUGUGGCAGACGACAUUUGAUUGUGUGCAUCUGAAAUUGAUAACGAUAAUAAUGAUGAGUUGUUGCAGUAAUUGGAACGCAUCGCUGAAUUAUUCGUACAUAUGUGAAUGUUUGGAAACAAUCCUGAAUAAUGCGUGUAUUGUGAACCCAAUUAAUGCGUUUUGGCUGAGGUCGUUUGCAGAUUACAGAUACGCAUGUGAAAAGUACGCAGAUGCAUUGGUUUUGUAUAUGGAGACGUGUGUUGCUUGCAGUGAUAAUUUUACGAAACCGUUUCCGGAUAACGUCGUUGAUGAUGUGAUGUGGUAUAAGAUCCAACGAUGUUUACGAGCAGCUGGCCAACCGACAUUAUCGGCGUUGGUGUGUCAGCUGAUGCGUGAUCCACAGGAGCAUUACGUUGAGACAACGAAUGCCCUAUUGGAAACACCACAUCAUGUGCUUGACGCUUCGACGCUCUUCUUUGGCUUUAUUAGCGAUAUGAAUUUGAUGGAAUUUUUGAAUGGUGAAUACUUUCUUUAG